UGUCCACGUCGCACGUUUCUGGCCUGCCUCAUACUCGCCUCCAAAUUCAUGCAAGACCGUUCGUACUCUAAUCGCGCGUGGGCAAAGCUCGCAGGCUUACCACCACGUGAGAUUGGUCGGUGCGAACGCGCCGUUGGCAACGCACUCGAAUGGCGUCUCUGGGUC